CUAACUGUACUCUCAGGAAGACUAUUCCAGAUGUCGACAGACCAAACACCAAAAGAGUAUUUACACUACAGAUGUCUUGCUUGUAAUACUUUAACUUCCCUGAAUGUCCUCCAGUUCUCGCGAUCGGUGAUUAAUCAUGUUGCCUCUUAGUCUUCGACAUACAAGCAUUCAUUUGGAAUUCCAAGUCUUUUCAGGUGUUCAUUGUACGUAUUUUAAAUCAUUUAAUCAGGAAUUAUCUUUGGAGCCCUUCGUUGAACUCUUUCAAUCAUUUUAAUGUCUUUUACUUUCUACAGAUUCCUUACACUUGCCGUAUAGUCAAAGUGUGAACGAUUGAGUGCUUUAAAUAAAUGUUUAAAUGCAACUUAAUCCAAAUAAACAUAUAUUCUUCUAAUUAUCCCAAAAAUGCUAUUAGACAUAUACUACUUGUUGCAUGUAAGACAAAAAACUAAAGCCCUUGUCUACAAGAACAUCUAUAUCAUUUUCCGACGAAAUGGUUUCUAAUUAAUUGGAUUAAUAUUUCUCCAACCCCAGCCAUGCCAGCUCAUAUCACUUUUUUCCUUAAUCGAUAGAACCUUGCAUUGAAGAUGAUGAAAUUGUAAAAGGCAGCUGGUAUUUGACAAUUCCUGUAAAUUAUCUUAAUCCUGCUGUAUGAUUCCCCUGUCCUUUUCAUUUUUAGCUCACCAGCUGGUCCGAAGAUUUGAAAUCUCAUACCACUAUUUUCCAAGAAUUUGUGACAGACUUUAAUUAUGGAAGGGAAGAAACCAAAGGCUAUGUGGUAUAAGAUGAAUAAGCAACUUCUCCCAGUGAAAGCAUUCUAUUUCCUUGGCUUAGCAGCUGUUGGAGUUCUGCUGCCGUUCAUUUCCCUGUACAUGAAACAAAUUGGGCUGACGACCUCACAAACAGGCGUAAUAUAUGGCGUUAUGCCUUUUAUUGGAUUCUUUACUCGACCGAUCUUCGGAUAUAUUGCGGAUCGUUGGAAAAAACAUAAGAUAACCUUGAUGGCAUGUUGUGUAUUGACUGGUAUCUUCUACAUGAUCCUACUGUAUGUGCCUCAUAGCCAGUCUGGAUACAUCGACGUAAGCACCGACGUACACUGUAACCAGUUCAGCUCGUAUAUACGCGACUGUUACCAUGUCAACAGAUCAGAUCCACUUACCUGCCCCAUGACAUUUGAUGAAUAUGCCGAAAUAAGUCACUUACAAAAUGACAGUGACAUUACUGGUUCAAAUGUUUCUGAUGAGAAUGAUUCAGAUUCAUCCUGUAACUUUUCAUGCAAUUUAAAGGAGGGACACAAAAUACAAACAAAAGUCUGUUUUACAAACCAAAUAAAUGUACUGGACAAACAUUGCUAUGAUGUUUCUGUCAAUCUGAACGAAGAACCAGAAUUAGGAUUCACCCUUAAAAACAUUUCCAACACCAUCAGACGUGAGGUUCUACAGGACCAACAGAGAGUUGGAGAUUCAUUGUGUAGAGACUUUGAUAUGAAGUCGAUCAUUUUCCGAGAGAAAUCCUAUUGGCAGAUGAUGUGUGACCGAGACACUGAGCUCACUUGUAGCAUGAAGUGUUCCAGCUCCGCAAACAAAGCUUGUGAGGUCAAAGAGUGGCAACAUGUAGAAAAAACUGUUGUUUUUUUCUUUAUCUUUUUCCUUUUUGGAAAUAUUUUCUUUGCCCCGAUUUUAAGUUUAGGAGAUGCCAUGACUUAUGACAUUCUAGGGGACCGGAGAAACCAGUAUGGGAAACAGAGACUGUGGGGAACUGUAGGAUUCGCAUUGUUCAGUAUUACUUCUACUUUCUUGAUGGAAUUCCUGAGCGACGAUCCAUCAACAGCAGAUUUUACCGCUUCUUUCUACUUAUCUCUUGUCCUAUUCGUACUCACAGCAAUUUGUGUCUGGAAAAUAUCUGCAUCUGAAGACAUAUCAUGCAGCAGUGAUUUUCGAGAUAUAUGCAAGCUGUUCCGUUACGGUAAGGUUGUGGUGUUCAUGGUCGUGGUGCUGUACUUCGGAUUGUUGACAGGUGUGAUUGAAACUUUCCUCUACUGGUACCUGUCUGGCCUGGAAGGAUACAUCACCAUAAUACCUGGCCUUUGUUUACUUGUUUCCUGUACUGUGGAAACACCUGUUCUGUUUUUAUCGGGAUAUAUCAUCAAAAAAUUUUCACAUUUGUUUUGCUUGUAUUCAGUAUUUUUAGCAUACGCCUUACGUUUUUUCUUCUACUCCCUACUGCCCAAUGCCUGGUUUGUGUUGCCUAUAGAGGUCCUUCAUUCCAUCACAUUUGGUCUGAUGUGGGCCGCCUCUACAUCCUAUGCCAGCAUCAUCUCCCCACCUGGAAUGUCUGCCACAGUACAGGGCAUCAUUAGUGGACUACAUUUCGGAUUUGGUAAGGGUAUCGGCAGCAUCAUCACUGGAUUGAUAAUUGAGCCACUUGGGUUUGUGUGGACAUUCCGCCUGUACAGCUUCCUCUCCGUUGGCUUCCUUGUACUUUACUUCGCCAUCAACCAACUGUGCCUGAAACACAGCACAUUUGAUGAGAAAAAGGAACAUCAAGAAAAUGCUGAAGAGGUCAUCACAUCUAACGAUGGUGCUGGAGAUGCAGGUGAGAACCUGCUCUCAGAUCAGGAGAAACACGAAAUGGAGCCCCAAACCCCUCAGGAACUGAGCUAGAGCUGUUGGCUCCAACAUUGGACUAACCACAUAGCAGAUCACAGAGUUCAGCUUACCAGUUUUUUUAAACAAAUGUCAAACCUUUGAGAAAUCUUACUUAAGUGUGGUAUGUUUUUAUUGACCACACUCUAAAAUCAAAUGAUAUACUCCUUUCAUGGGUAUUAUGUGUCCCAAGAGAGCAGGAACUAGAUUCCUUGUUCAAUAAGUGGUAAAUUGGUGCUAGACAUUUUCCAAACUGAUUCUAUGCAAGAUAUCAGUACUAACCUUGUGUACAAGUUAUUUUGGUUUACCACUGUGCAUUUUUAGCCCACCAUCAUCAGAUGGUGGGCUAUUCAAAUCGCCCUGCGUCCGUGGUCCGUGGUCCGUCCGUCCCUCCGU